ACACACACACACACACUCUCUCUCUCUCUCUCUCUUUCUUUCUGUCUGUCUUUCUUUCUAUCUCUCAGUCAGUAAUAAUGGAGCCCAGCAGUCCGAAGAAGAUCCAGUUUGCUGUACCUCCGCUGCAGGGACAGCUGGACCCUCAGGCCGCCGAACAUAUCCGCCGCAGAAGACCGACUCCUGCCACUCUGCAGAUCUACAGACAACCUGGCACAGAUGUUGGAGAUCAACACAACGCCAGCGGAGAGUCACAGCCUUCAGAGGCCUCUCAGAGGAAGCAGAGCACCUUCGCCCCGCCCACCAUGAAAGGUGACCUGAAAACUCCUGUACCUGAGGAGGAUGAGGAGGAGAACAACCCUCAACAAGAAGACUGACGCAGGAGAGACAGAUCUCAUCGCAGAAGAUGAAGAAGUGGCCGAUACAUCGUCGACAUCCUGGACAACUCAACAGACUCUGGCGUCCAUCUUGGCUGUUGCACCUACAUGACAAGACACUGAUGAGCGGGAGAGAGUUGACCUCAGAUCAUUAAGACAGCAAUUAACAUUUAAUUAGUGUCAAAAGUUUUACUUUUCAUGAACUGGCCUGUGAACACAUUCACCUCAACAACAACAACAACAACAACAUUUGAUUGCCCUUUAAUUCAUAAAUAAGUUGGAAGUAUGAUUUUUCCUUUAACCAAUGCAGCAAGAUGAGAACAAGAACGGCGUCCUGCACCAAAACACAACAUAUGCUGGUCUUGCCAGUGACUGGACCAGUAUAUGUUGUGUUCUGGUGCUGGUCUAUGCUGGUUUUUCCAGCAGGGUUGUUCUGAUGCUUCAAAAUAUUUCAAAAUGUAAUUUAAAAGUCAUUGCUGGUCUACUAGCUACUACAGUGUAGCCAAGAGAGCUAACUAGGCUAACGCUGUGAAGGCAAGGGUUAGCUAACUACACCUUCUUGCUAACAAGCAGUAAUAAAUUCAUGGUAGAUAAAGCUACUUCUUUAUCACCAUUAAGUGUCCGUUCACUCAUUAACAUAUUAAAAAACAUACAAAACAUUUUGACGGUUAUUAAGUGUAUUAGCAUUUGUAGCACACCUAUUUCAUGAUUGCUAGCUAAACACGUUAGUUAGCUUGCAGUAACGGUUAACCUCCAGAAGCGCCACAUUACCUGCUUGGUAAAUUAAAAAUUAAAAAAAGAUAAUCGUCUGGGUUGUUUCCCUCCUCGAGUUUGUAAAAUAUCCGCCGUUUGAUCAACAAUUUGCAGGUGGUUGACACAACACCUGUAAGACACACCUGUAGCCUUACAAAGCAAAAAACAGUAACCGCUAAGCUAAGCUAAGCUAAGCUAAGCUAAGCUAAGCUAACUGUUAGCUCUUUAUAAGUCGACACUGAACAGACUUUUUUUUUUUUCCAAAGCAGACAUUUUGAUAAAUAGUAAAAGUACAGUGUAAUUAAUAAUAUUAAUGAUGGCUGCACUCAUGGAUUGUUUGUCAACAUUAAUGUUAUUAUUCACACCUGUGGUUUCAUUACAUAAAGAUUUUUUUUUAACUUUGUUAACUUUUAAAAAUAAAAUGUAACCUGUAAAAGUGAAAUGUGAAUUUACAGUCAAGACAACACAGGGUUUGACUCAUUUUCUAAAAUAAACUGGACUUGUUACGUCUGAUUAUUUCAUUAUGGAUCAACAGAUAAACAGGAUUCAUGUUGUA